AGCAAAGCAAAACACUUUUGAGAGAAUACCAAAUGGCUUUUAACUUCUAAUUUUACUAGAACAAAAGUUCAUGGAAACAAUGGAUGUAAAGUUGGAGGGAGGAAAUCUUUCUGUACAGCGCUUGAUGAAUGUGCCAAAAUCUUGCUUUUGAAUGUGGAGCCAUGGAAACACUUGUAUGUAUAGUUUGAGAGCUGAGACAGGAAGGAAAUGAGGAGAAACGCAGAGAGAGGCAGAGACAAAGAAAGGAGAACAGUUUAUAGAGGUCAAUGGGGCUUUCCGUCGAUUAGAAAAGACAAGAAAUAGGUAGAACAGAGUGAGGAGGGAGAUUAAAUGUUUGAAUCACAACCCGAUCAGACAUCAGGAGGAGUUAAGACUUAAGUUGAUGAGCAACCAGUAAGCAAACGCCAGAAAAAAGAAGUUCCCUUUUAAGGAUUGGCUUUGACGUUACGACAAGAGUAAGCGGAAGAGUUUUAAGAGAGAAGAUUUCACCUUCAAGUGAUGGACUGCAAUCAAAUCAGCUGCAAAUGAGAAUGUCUUGUUCAACUGAAGAUUUGUACUACAACAAUGGGAUUUGCUGUGACCGCUGCCCUCCAGGACAUUAUGUACAAACUGAAUGUAGCCAAGACCAGAAAACCAAGUGUGCAGUCUGUCAUCACGGAACCUAUGCAGCCACCAAAAAUUACCUCUCUAAAUGUCACGUCUGUAAAACGUGCAGUUCUAAGAACCACCUGAAGCAAGAGAGUUGCUGCACAGCUGAGAGGGACACUGUUUGUGUGUGUGAGAGAGGUUACUACUGCAGCACUCCUGUUUGCGACCACUGCCAGCCGGUGACCCGGUGCAGUAAGGGUUCAGGAGUCAAAGUCCCAGCGACUCGCACAAACGACACAAUAUGCCAAACGUGUGAAAAGGGAACCUACAGCAAUGUAACGGAUUUCGACUCCUCUUGUAAAGUUCACACCAGAUGUGAGGACAUUGGCAGAGAGCUUCGAACCCCUGGAACUAAAGAAACGGAUGCCGUCUGUGGAGACCUCAUAUCUCGCUGUCUCGGUGGACCCGAAUGUUCUUGGAUGCUGCCUGCAGGCCUGUGGUCGGGAUUGUUGCUGACGUUGCUCGUCGUGGCAGCUCUCAUCUUCUGGAAACGCAAAUCAUUCAGAGCAGCAGUCAGCCGCAGGCUUCCUGUUACCAAACUGAAGAGCGGUCCCCCACCGCCUGUCACUCCCCCAGAGCUGCCUUCUCAUUGCCAAGAGACCUGCCCGAUUAUUGACUGCAAAAUAGCAUUUUUAGAUCAAGAUGAUCCCACUCUCAUCUCCAAAGUUGAAGACAAAGACAGCACCCUUCCCAUCACAUCUCUCCACAGUGACUGCAGUCACAUCAGUACAGUUUAUUGGCCCAGCAGCGUUCUCAGGUCGCAGUCUGAGCCACAAGAGGACGAGUGGUGUGGGACAUAAACUAUAAAGCUAAAUGUGUUAGGUCUUUUUCAUGACUAAAACGGGUAUUUAUAUUAAAAAGAAGAUUUUUAUUUUUUAAAUGUGUCAACUUUAAAAAUCAAAGUCAUCAAUUAAAUCAGAAAUCAUAGGAUUAUAACCAAGUUCUUGAUUAGGUGGAUGAUAGUGUGCUGCCACCUGCUGGACUCUGAUGAAAAUUGCAAGUUUCAAGUGUAGCUUCUGUGAGUAAAUAUCUCUGGUUUAAAAGCGCAUUCCAAGUGACAGAGUUGUGUCCAGUAACAAUACUUAGGUGCUGAAACUUUUUAAAAUAUUUUGUGUAAAAAUUAAAUAAAUAGUAUUAGAAGACGAUAGUGGGGAAAUUAACCUCAACAUGGCGUCUCUUAUACAUCUCAGUCACUUGUUAGUUAUUAAUAGGCCUUAUGUAUGUUUUUAUUUUAUGUCUUUUUGUCUGAAAUGAAAUUUUUAUAAAUGUUUUUAUAAUUUUGCAUUAUUUUUUUAAUCUUUUCUUUCAUAAGCUACUUGUUGAACUUACUAGAUACAUUUUCAAUGCCGGUAUCGUCAUUUUUCGGUGGUUCAGAACCGAUGAUUAUCAUGUUAAAAGUGAAAAUCUUAAAAAAUAAGGCCAAAAAUGUUGUAAUACUAAAUCAAAUCAUUGUUGGGUUGUUAUUUGCUGAGGAAAGAUGUUGCCAGCAAAAUACACAAACCGGUCCAAAUGCUGAUGUUCAAUUUAUACUGUCUGAAAAUGCUGGAUUUUCUCUGGAUCUCAAAGAUGAUCCUUUUGUUUCAGAUAAAGUUUUGUUUUGAGGCAUGAAAGUACAGUAGAAGCUUCUUCUAUGCUUUAAUUUACAUGACACCCCUUUGGACUCAAUAAAGUUUAUUUUUUCUUA